AUGGAUGGUAUUGAACUAAGUCAACAGCCAGAACAAGUUAAAUUAUUAAUCGAAUCACCUCUCACCAUAGGGGAAACAACAACUACUAAAAAGUCAACAUUGUUUCCUUAUGGUUAUUUAACACCCUUUUUUCUUGUAACAUUUUUAGUUUUUCUUUGGGGUAUUCCAAGUCAAUUGAAUGGUAUUUUAAUUCGACAGUUUUCGAAAUCAUUUAUUUUGACACAGUUUGAAGCGGGACUUGUGCAAUCAGCAUUCUACAUGGGCUAUUUUUUAUUAGCGAUUCCAGCCGGGUUUUUAAUGCAAAAAUUUGGAUAUAAGUUUGGCUUUUUGUCUGGUUUAGGACUAUUUAGCUUAGGUUGUUUUCUAUUUUGGCCAGCAGCUUUAAUUAAUCGUUAUUCUAUAUUUUUAUUAUCGCUAUUUAUCAUAGCUAGUGGUCUAUCGUUUUUGGAAACAGCAGCAAAUCCGUUUAUUGCGCAACUAGGUGAUCCCGAAACGUCGGAACAAAGACUAAAUUUUUCACAAGCAUUUAAUCCAUUAGGUGCAAUGACGGGCGUAUUGAUCGGUACUUUGUUCAUAUUUUCAGGUAUUGAAUUAGAUGAGCAUGAGAUACAUCAAAGAAAAUUAAAUGGCACGUAUGAGCGGUAUUUGAAGCAGGAGACAUUGCGCGUUAUUCAUCCAUAUUUAGUUUUAAGUGGUAUUAGCCUUCUAUGGGCGAUAUUUACUUUUUUUAUUAAAUUUCCUACAACAGCAACAAAACAAGGGGUUGUUACAACAAUUGCCGACGAUCAGAAUAAUACUGACAAUAAAAAAUUAUGUCGUCCCUAUUUUUUUCUUGCCGUAUUAGCACAGUUUAUGUAUGUUGGUGCACAAGUAUGCACGUGGAGUUAUUUUAUACAAUAUGCACAAGAAUAUACUCAAAUGAAAGAAAAGUCAGCUGGAUAUUGGCUCACCGGGACAUUAGUUAUGUUUGGUUUGGGACGAUUUAGUUCAGCUUAUUUAAUGCAACAUUGGAUUAAAGCUCAAUUACUCAUGGGUAUCUAUGGUAUAAUUAAUAUUGUAUUGGUUCUCGUGGCGAUAUUAAUUCGCGGGUGGGUGGGUUUCAGUUGUUUAUUUUGUACUAGUUUUUUUAUGUCUCUCAUGUUUCCAACAAUAUUCGCAUUAGGAUUAAAAGAUUUAACAGAAAAAAAAGCAAAAUUAGCUGGAUCCUUAUUGGUAAUGGCUAUUGUGGGUGGUGCUGUAUUAACACCGCUGAUGGGAUUAAUAUCAGAGUUAAUGAAAACAAUAGCCAUUGCUUAUUUUGUGCCAUUGUUUGCUUAUGGAUUUGUUGUCUUAUUUGCAUUUAUAGAUUUUUUAAAAAUAAAUUAA